CAUCAGAUACAUGCACAUCACUAGUCAAUAGUUUUUCAUUGACGUUGCUUGAUGUCCUAUCGGUUUUCCAAUUACAUUUUAUAAUAAAUAAAUGAUAAAUACAAGUAUUCAAUUUACGUUAUAGCCGAGUACAUUUCGGUAAAAAUGGCUAACUGUGGCGAAUUUCUUAAAAGUCAGUUUCCAUUGAUUGAUGACGAGUUGAAAAAAUAUGUUGAAGACAUAUUGGAUAACAGUGCCGGAGAAUUCGAAGAUACAGAGGAAGUUUAUGAAGCAGUAGGAGAAGUUUUACAAGGAAUAUCUGAAAAGUCAGAAGAAGAUAUCAGGGAAAUAUGUGAGCAACUAUUGGAUAUGUUACAACCAGAAAAAACGAAUAGCACAAAUGGACCAAGAAAAAUACUAAAUAAACCCAUUCACAUGGCUUCUAUGCAAAAUAAUGUGCAGGAAACAGAUGAUGUUAAGAGUAUCUGGUUACCAACGAGAGAUGACAGUUUGAAAGUUGAUGCAAAAAAGUUAGAAAAAGCAGAAGCAAAGUUGCAGCAGAAACAACAGAAACAUAAAGAUGCAAAGCUUCCCGUUGCUGCACCAGUGUUACAAACUGCUACAGCUUCACAAGUCACAUCAAAGAAAGAUAGCAAACUUGAAGCUAAAGGCACCAAUAGAACUCAAGACAUAAGGAUAGAAAACUUCGACAUUGCUUAUGGGGACAGAGUAUUGUUACAAGGGGCAGACUUGGUUCUUGCAUGUGGAAGACGGUAUGGCCUUGUGGGACGUAACGGUCUAGGCAAGACGACACUACUGCGUUUGAUAUCAAGCAAGCAAUUGAAGAUACCUUCACACAUCUCCAUAUUACACGUAGAACAAGAAGUAGUCGGAGAUGACACAAUAGCCCUACAGAGUGUCCUAGAGUGUGAUACAGUUAGAGAGAAUUUGUUGAAAAGAGAGAAAGAAAUUACAGCUGCUAUUAAUAAUGGUUCAACAGAUCCAAAUCUAUCGGCAGAAUUAACUGAAGUGUAUGCACAGUUAGAGAACAUUGAGGCAGAUAAGGCUCCAGCACGAGCAUCAAUAAUUCUCAGUGGUUUAGGAUUCACGCCUGAAAUGCAGUCUCGUGCGACGAAAACAUUCUCAGGAGGUUGGAGAAUGAGAUUGGCACUUGCGAGGGCUUUGUUUUCGAAACCUGAUCUUUUAUUACUCGAUGAGCCUACUAACAUGUUGGACAUAAAAGCCAUCAUCUGGUUAGAAAAUUAUCUACAGAACUGGCCCACAACACUGCUUGUUGUCUCUCACGACAGGAACUUUUUGGAUACUGUACCUACAGACAUAAUGCAUUUACAUACUCAAAGGAUUGACACAUACAGAGGAAACUACGAGCAGUUCCACAAGACUAAGACGGAAAAACUAAAGAAUCAGCAGCGGGAAUACGAGGCUCAGCAGCAGCACCGAGCCCACACACAGGAGUUCAUCGACCGCUUCCGGUACAACGCCAACCGUGCCUCCUCCGUGCAGAGCAAAAUCAAAAUGCUAGAGAAGCUGCCAGAGUUAAAACCAGUAGAGAAAGAAAUCGAUGUAGUACUUCGGUUUCCAGAGACAGAACCGCUCUCUCCUCCAAUAUUACAACUGAAUGAAGUCGGGUUUUACUAUUCAAAGGAUAAAGUAAUUUUUUCAAAUGUUAAUCUUGGAGCAACUCUUGAAUCUAGGAUAUGUAUCGUGGGCGACAACGGCGCGGGUAAGACGACGCUGCUGAAGAUAAUAAUGGGCAUCCUGUCGCCCAGCAGCGGCACCCGCAGCGUGCACCGCGGCCUGAAGUUCGGCUACUUCUCGCAGCACCACGUGGACCAGCUCGACAUGCGCGCGCACUCCGUCGAGCUGCUGCAGCACACCUACCCGGGUAAAACCAUAGAAGAGUACAGAAGACAGCUGGGCAGUUUCGGCGUGAGCGGUGAUUUAGCGCUGCAAACUAUUGGUAGCUUAUCUGGAGGUCAGAAGUCGAGAGUGGCGUUCGCACUGAUGUGUAUGGGCAACCCCAACUUCCUAGUACUUGACGAGCCUACUAACCACUUGGACAUUGAGACAAUAGAAGCUUUAGGAAAGGCGAUUAAUAAGUAUACUGGUGGAGUAAUACUCGUAUCUCACGAUGAAAGAUUAAUACGAAUGGUUUGUAAGGAGCUUUGGGUGUGCGGCGGGGGCUCUGUAGUCAGCAUCGAGGGAGGGUUCGAUGAAUACCGCAAGAUAGUAGAGAGGGAGCUCGAGGCGCAGAAUAAAUAGGAUAAUAGAACAAUUCCGUUAUAUGCAUAAUCCUACCGUCCACGGAAAAAGUAACCUGUACACGUAUUUGACACUGUUGCUAUUGGACAAUGGGGAAAUUAAUUUUAAACGCAUUUAUUAUUAUGGCGUCCUUAUUAAGUGAAUGUUGUAUGAUUUAUACAUUUUUCAAAUUGUAAAAUGAUUCCCCUUUCUUCUUAAAUUUAUCAUAAAAUAUAUCAGUAGCAACAUCACUGGCAAUGUCAGUAGUGACGUCAAGCAGAGAAUAUGUCCAUACGUUACUUUUUUCCUAGACGGCAGAAUCUGUGAUUGCUAAUGUAAAAAGUACCACUAAAUUAUAAUUAUGUAAUAUAUGCGUCGUGUUGUCUUUAUUUAAAUUAACUCGUUUAUAGCCGUUGAGUAAAGGAGAAUGAAAAACUGAUAAUAUUUAA